AUGAAAAUUGCCACCGACAUCAAAAAUGGGCUGAAAGAGGACCAAAUUACGUAUGGGAAGCUGCAAAUACUCGCAGCAUUGUCUGGGGAUAUGUGGGUGUUGGACGCGGCACAACUCAUCGUUGCAGCGAAAGAGGGAAUCAUCAAGCUCCCUAAAAUCACAAAAAAGGAGCUCCUAGACAAAAGUAAAUCCGACGCACUGGUCAAGACCUUGGCCAUUAUGCAAGUGUUAUGGCUCAUUAUCCAACUUGCCGCCCGGAGAUAUUACGGGUUGGCCUCUGCACCGUUUGAAAUCAGCACGGUUGCCCUGUCGGCUUCUGCAAUUAUUUUGUAUAUCCUUGAGUGGAACAAACCAAAAGACGUCAGUGUACCCAUCUACGUUCUUGCAAAUAAAGUGAACUAA